AAGGAAUGAUUUUUGAUAUGGGUUUGUUUUUCAUUGGAUUAAUGAACAUUUUUCGACCUUUUCUUUGAUGGCUUUUCUUUGUAGGAUCAUACCGAAGACUCCUAUGUGCAAAGAAAUUACAGGAGAAACAAAAGGAGAGGUGAAACCAGUGGCCAACAUGCAUCAAAGGAAGGCAAAGAUGUCCUCCCAUUCCGAUGCUUUCAUCGCAUUACUAGGUGGGUAUGGAACCUUAGAAGAGCUCUUGGAGGUCAUCACCUGGGCUCAGCUAGGAAUCCAUAAUAAACCCGUAAGCAAUCUCUACUAACAGAAAAUCACAUACACGCAACAUAGAAAUACUUGUAUCUUGAAGAUGGGAUAUCUGUAUGUCUGUGUAGGUGGGUU